GGUUCUCUUCGUGUCUGUGUUGCGUCCUGCUUAAAUCUUCGUCUUCUUUGUUGUCUUAAAGAAAAGCUUCUAAAACUCUUUAUGCUGAGUUUUUAUGCAAUAUCGUCUUGUCGAUAUUAAGUUUUGCGUUUUUUAACAACUCUGAAGACAAUUUUGAAGAAUGUUUUUGCUUUUGUUUAUGAUCAUCGCUAGCGGUGUGUUUGGUGUUGAUGGAGAUGAAGUGAAGUCAGUGUCAGUGAUGGAGGGAGAUUCUGUUAUUCUACACACUGAUAUUACUGAAAUACAGAUAGAUGAUCACAUAGUGUGGUUGUUAGAAUCUCAAGGAACUUUAGCUGUAAUGCACAAGUAUACAGUGAAUACGGAUGACAGUAAUGAGAUAUUCAGAGACAGACUUGAGCUGGACAAUCAGACUGGAUCUCUCACCAUCACAAACAUCACAAUCACACACAUCGGACUUUAUAAACUACAGAUCUUCAAAAGCAGAAGUACUUUAGAAAAGAGAUUCCGUGUUACUGUUUAUGCUCCUCUGCCGGUUCCUGUCAUUAGCAGUAACUCUUCACAGUGUUCUUCAUCUUCAGAAAGAUCAUCAAGCUCAAAAUGUGUGUUGUUGUGUUCAGUGAUUAAUGUGACAGAUGUGAGAGAUGUGAGUCUGUCCUGGUACAAAGGAAACAGUUUAUUGUCCAGCAUCAGUGUGUCUGAUCUCAACAUCAGACUCUCUCUACCUCUGGAGGUUGAAUAUCAGGACAACAACACAUACAGAUGUGUACUCAACAAUACCAUCACAAACCAAACUCAACAUCUCAACAUCAAUGACCUCUGUCAGCAAUGUCCAGAACUCCAGUGGCUUAUACUGUUAAUAGUUGUUAGUGCUAUGGUGGCUCAGCUGGUGGCUACAGUUGUAAUAGGUGUGAUUUGCAGUCGCUACAAAAAGAAAAUCAAAAAGAAAAAGGAGGCUCAAGCCCCUCUAGAGACUUGGUGUCCUUUGAUUCCAGAUGUUGAUGGAAACAUGAGCCAGAUUAGAGAAGACAAGGAUGGAUGCUAUACACCAAUGAAGAAGACAUCAGAAGCAGCAGACCCCAACUAUAAUAACUACAGUCACCAGCAGUACCACAGAACCAACUAUCGUCAGUUGAUAAUGUCCAGAGUCUGUGAUUCUGAUGUUUGUGAUGGUGAGAGAUCCAGUCUGACUGUCCAGCUUCAAACAAUUAUUUUAAUAAAAUUAAUCCUAAAUUUGUCUUCAGCAGUGACUAUGAGUUGUAUAAAAUCUCUUUGUGUUUUAGUUGUGUUUAGUGUUGAUGGAGAUGAAGUGAAGUCCAUUUCAGUGAUGGAGGGAGAUUCUGUUACUCUACACACUAAUGUUACUCAAAUACAGACAGAUGAUCAGAUACAGUUGCUGUUUGAAUCUCAUGGCACUCAUACAGGUGAAAUCAUGAAAUGGGCCAAUCUGAGCUUUAUAUAUGAUGUUGAAGGUGAAGGGAGAUUCAAAGGCAAAUUAAAACUAAACAAUCAGACUGGAUCUCUCACCAUCACAAACAUCAGCAUUGCAGACUCUGGUCUUUAUGAACUAAAGAUCAACACCAGCAGAGAAACUUCAUACGAGAGAUUCAAUGUUACGGUCUAUGCUCCUCUGACCGUUCCUGACAUCAUUAUAGACUCAUCACAAUGUUUUUUAUUGUCAUCAAGCUCAAAAUGUGUGUUGUUGUGUUCAGUGUUGAAUGUGAGGGAUGUGAGUCUGUCCUGGUACAAAGGAAACAGUUUAUUGUCCAGCAUCAGUGUGUCUGAUCUCAACAUCAGACUCUCUCUACCUCUGGAGGUGAAAUAUCAGGAUACAAACACAUACAGCUGUGUACUCAACAAUCCCAUCACAAACCAAACUCAACAUCUCAACAUCAACGAAGUCUGUCAGACGUGUUCAGAACACAGACUGUGGAAGGCUAUUGUUUUUGGUGUUAUUAUUGCUAUUGUGUGGCUGUCGACAAUCUUGGCUGUAGCCAUAGGUGUGAUUCACUACAACAAAAAAGAAAGAAACAACAGUACAUCUACAGAGGUUAACAACAGUACAUAUACAGAAGUUACCAUUGAAAUAAUGUGAAAAACUCAUGAUUCAUCUGUCAUUUCCCACAUUUGUCUUGCUAAGUAAUUGCAAGGUGAAGCCAGAAUACUUGAAAAUUCGAUCUGGGAAUCAGACUUUAGUAACACUGCGAGGAUUGAUCCAGGAAACUGUUGUUUAUUAAACUGUACAAAUGAACAUUUAUACACUAUCGGGCGGACGUUUCUGUCAUAUUUAGUAUAAAGAAAAAAGGUGAUGGGAUGCCUUCCUAUAUUGUACUGAAGGUGCAAUCGUUACAGUAGGUUUUUUAUAUAAGUUAUUAACAAUUGUGAUGUAAAUUAUUUUAUUAUUUUUAUACUGGUGCAUUUGAACCCUUAUGUUUAACCCUUGCUGCUAUAUUUCAUGUUUGCAUUUAUAAUGAAUUGCACAUAUUUGUGUUUACAUGCUUGGUUUGACUGAUAUGAUACUUUUAAUUAUGAUGUUAUUGUUUUGUCUUGUUCAAAUGAAAUGUGAUUGAUUCUCUUUGAUGAUGCAGUUCAGUGAAAAAACACAUGGGUAA